GGAACUCUUGUCCGACACUAUUUUGAAUCCGUGUGGAAACAACCAGCUGGUCUCAGUUGGAUCUUAACGCAGUGUACACUGUUUAUUUAUCUGUCAAUAUAAUGAUGUUCUAGAGGUGUCGCUCUUCACUGACACUGUUACCGAUACUGUUUGCUGAAGCGAGAAGCAUUACCAUCAGCUCUGGGCUAGCAUCGCAGCUAAUGUUUCUCCAAUAAGUUAAUGACCAUGUUAGGCUUUUUAACGCCACAAACUCGUAAUGUUAAAGUAUUUAUCCAGGUGUUUAUACCGACAACUCGACACAUAUGUUCCUCAGCCAACUGUCAGUCAGAGGAGUAUGUCCGCAAGUUUAUUUUAGAAAACACGGAGAUAGCUGGACAGCAGAGUCUGACCCCACAAGUCAAACUGAGGCUGUUCACUCCUAACUGCAGAUUCUGGAGAGAAAGACCCGAGCUCUGGCCUUUCGAAGACCCCUACUGGGCCAUAUACUGGCCAGGAGGACAGGCACUCUCAAGGUUUCUCCUGGAUAACCCUGCUGUGUGUCGGGGAAAGACAGUUCUGGAUCUGGGCAGCGGCUGUGGAGCCUCAGCCAUCGCUGCAAAACUGAGUGGUGCUGCUCAUGUUGUUGCAAAUGACAUUGACACUGUUGCAGCCGUUGCCACCCACAUGAACUGUGAGUUGAACGGCCUGCCGCCGCCUGUUUGUCUGACCAACAACAUGAUCGAUUCGCAGCCCGAGGGCUUCGACCUAAUCCUCCUGGGGGACAUGUUCUACGACGAGGCCCUCGCCACCAGCCUUCACAGCUGGCUGGACUGCUGCAUCAAAACCCACGGCACCAAAGUCCUGAUCGGGGAUCCUGGAAGAGCCCAGUUCGAGGAACACGGCAUCCGACGCCUCCUGCAUCAGCUGGCUGAGUUUGAGCUGCCCAAGUCUGUUAGAGAGGAGAACUACGGUCUGACCUGCAGCAGCGUUUGGUGCUACCGUCCUGAACUCUAAGGACCGGAGAGGAUCCUCUGUGAUUUGUGAUGUCACAUGUUCACACCUCCCAGUACCGUGUGAGGUGUUAUGUGAUUACUCUAUAGUCGUUUUAUACAAUCAGGGUCACUUUGUUGUCACUUGGAAAUCUGUAUGACCAUCAGCAUCUGAAAGAUCUUGAUGAUUUAGCGUGUCACUGGUGACUUCCUCUACAUUCUUGCAGAAUACUUUGAUAUUCAGCAGGACAGACCAGCAGAAACUAAAAUGAAAGGAAAGCCAAUCUGAAUUACGACAAGGGUUUACGAUUCUAACACUGAUAAGGGACCAGACCCCAAGACGCAGUCCUGUCUCAAGAAAGAAUAGGUACUGUUAGAAGUUUCACACCUUCAAACCCCCAUUUCCCCUGCUUUCUUUUCCUUUUGUCCUCAUUUCCACAUGUCUCUGAAAGUGAUCCGUACUGACCUGCUUUGAUGAUGUGUAUUUUACUGAUAUACUUUACAAGGAGAUAUACAAAUGCAUGUGUAGACAUAUAUACGCACCUAUGUAUAAGUGUUUGUCAUUGUUAAAAAGGUUGACAUCUA